AUGCAGGACGCUGCAGCGGAAACGCUCCCGGUAUUAUUGCCGUGGAAGAGCCAGGAAAAAGCAUCUGAGAAAGAAGCAACGUCGCCAACUGCGAAAAGACCACGAAAGCAAAUGGACGUCAACAGCGAAGGGAGGGAUUACUUCAAGACCUUGCCGAACCAGCAAGGACUGUCAGUUCCUGAACUCAAGCACGUUUAUAGACCUACUUAUGCGGUUAACGAGGAACCAAGGAUCGAGUCGAAGGUUCUAGUCUGUAUCCAAAAGAUGAAAAAUGGAAAAUCUGGUGGAGACGACGGAGCGCCGAAAUGCUGA